UUUGUUUUUUUUCUUGUCGUUAUUCUAGAAUUUCAAAUCAUCAUUAAUAUAAGUAGAGAGCAAGAAUUGACUCUCUUUUUCACUCAUUCUACUAAUAAAGAAUGUUUUGGAGACGUACUACCAAUCUAUUAUUAUUAAACAUAUGUUUAUUUCUUUUGAUUGAAUUUUUUAUCAUCAAUCAUGUUACAUGUGGAAAAUCACAAGAAUCUGAUAAUAAUAUGAUCAAUGAUGAUGAAUUUGCUGAAUUUGAAGAACUAGAUGAUGAUGAUGAUGGUAAUGGUAAUGAAUUUGUUCGUCCGAUAUCAUCAUCGACACCGAUGCCAAUGGAAAAUAGUGCGACUGAUAAAUCACAAUCAAAAUCAUCGAAUCAAGUGCCUGAACAGCCAAAAUCAUAUGGCGAUUUGGAUUCCGAUCCAGAUACAAUAAUUAUCGAAGAAGAUGAUGAAGAAGAAUUUGAAACUGUUCGCGAAGAGAUUGAUGAUGAAAGGCCGUUAAAUUUUGAUGAGCCAAAAAAAGAUGAAAUUCAAUUCACAAAAAUACCGCUACAUUUACGUACAAGCUGGGAAAGUUAUUAUUUGGAAUUUAUAUGCAUUAUUGCAUUGGCCAUUUAUUUCAUCAAUUAUAUUGCCGGUAGAAGUCGUAAUAUAAGAAUAGCAAAUAUUUGGUUUGAAAAAAAUAAGGACAUUCUUGAUUACAAUUUUGCAUUGGUUGGUGAUGAUUUGAAACAAAAAAUCCAAGAACCAGGUUUACUGAAAGAAACGGAAAAUGUUUAUACAUUAUGGUGUUCUGGUCGAACAAUGGUGGAUGGAAUGUUGAUUGAAAUACGUUUACAAAAACGACAAGAUUUAUUCUCAACGAUUAUCAAUUACUUUAAACCAACCAGUGAUAAAAUUUUGAUCAAAUCAUUCCUGAGUGCCGAUUCAAUGGAUAAUUUUGUAUUUUGUAUUGCUCAACGUAAAAUUGCAUCGAAAUUAUCUAAAGAAACUAAUGAUCUUGCCACAUAUUGUCCUGAACGAAAGAAUCCCGAAAAAUAUGGUAUUACAAGUGAUAAUUAUCUAUUAUUGAAUGAAAUUGGUGAAGCAGCAAGUUUUAUUUUGGAUUCAAAAAUUGUUUCAUUAUUGGAUAAAAAUGAUGAUUUGAUUGAAUUUAUUCAUAUUUCUGAUCAAUUUUCUGGCGCUCGUAAUGAUGAAACACAACAAUCGACAACAAAAUUGCCCGAAGUUAAAAAGAUGCUCAUCAUUUCUUUGAAUUUACCAUCACAAAUAUCUAGUCCAAAUAUGGAUGAAUUGGAUCGUCUGAAACCAUUGUUACAAAUGGCAUUCUAUAUGAUUGAUAAACUACGACGGUUUCGAUUGAGUCGUGAAAAGAAAUUAAAAUCUGAUCGUAAUAGGCAAAAAGUGGAGAAAUUAUUUCUACAAUCUACACAUCAACAACGGCAGGAAGCAGCACAAAUGAAACGUGAAGAAAAACGACGUGCUGAAAAGGAAAAAAUGUUACAAGAAAUGGAUCCAGAAAAACAACGUAAAUGGGAAGAAAAAGAAUAUAAACGUGAAAUGAAGAAAAAAAUACCGAAAAUGAAACAACUGAAAAUGAAAGCAAUGUAAAUGAUCAUGAUGAUGAUGAUGAAAAUGUGUGUGUGUGUAAAUAUCAAUCAAUCAAUCAAUCAAUUAAUGCCACCAACAACACAUGAACAAUAUUUGAACACAACAUCUAUGUACGGCCCUCAAAUUUGAGUUUUUUUUUGUUGUCAUUUUGGUCUAAUAAUAAAAAUAUAAUAAUAAAUUCGAGAGAUGGUCACAAUUUGACAUUAUUCAAAAAAUUUGAAUUCAAUUUAAUUUUAAUUUAAUUCAAGUAUUACAUCGAAUAUGUUCAUCCAUAAGGGGAGAUUAUCAUCAAUAGAGAAUGGAGA